AUGGCGGAGGCACGAGUGGUAGAGGAACUGCCCGAGUCUCGGCUCGGCACCAAGGAGCACUGGGACAGUGUCUAUGAGCGCGAGGUCGACACGUACAAAGCAAUCGGCGACGAAGGCGAAGUGUGGUUUGGCGAGGACAGUGUGGAGCGCAUGAUUGCGUACCUGGUCGAGUUUCUCGAGGAGGAUCCGUUUAAGCAGCCUCCCUUUGUGCUGGAUCUCGGUACUGGCAACGGCCACCUCCUUUUCUCGCUGCUGGACGCGCGCGAUGAGCUGGGCGACGAAGCGCUCGAGCCGGCGCGUCUGUGCGGCGUCGACUACUCGCCUGCCUCAGUCAAGCUUUCGCAAGCCAUCGGCGCGACGCGCGGCGAAGGAUGCGACGCGGUGAUUUUUGAAGAGGCAGACCUGCGCGACCCCGCGACGGUCUUGACGCUGAAGCAGAGUGGGAACGAUGGCCUCGGCUGGGACAUUGUGUGCGACAAAGGCACGUUUGACGCUAUUGCGCUCUCGUCGCAGCCUGUGAAUGGCAAGCUGCCUGUGGAUCUCUAUGUGGAAGCGGUGGCGGCGCUGACCCGCCCCCAAAGCGAGCAUGCCCUCUCGGGUAUCUUUUUCAUUACCAGCUGCAACUUUACUCAAGAGGAGUUGGAGCGUAAAUUUUUGCCCGCCGGUACGUUUAUUCUUCUCAUGCCAGGUUUUGCGGUGGAGCACGUCGUCCCCGCGCCGACCUUUAUGUUUGGUGGCCAGCAAGGCUCCACCGUCACGACCGUGGCCUUCCGAAGGGCACCAUAG